ACGCUUUACAAUGUAAAAUGUUAAUAUUGUGUCGUUAAACAAAGCCCCGUUUAAACGACUGCGAGUACUCGCAUGCUGAUCAUUAAACUAAAAAUAAAAUGAAAUAAGAGAUAAGCUAAAGGGGUGUGUAGUUGACUAAGUUGUUUCAUAUUCUUUGUUAGUGUCACGAGACGCGACAUCUUACAGUAUACGAAUACCUUUGAACAAAGGAUUAUAAGUCGACAAGUGCAAAUAAAUCAAAUUUAUAUUCUUACAUUUUAUUAUCGUAUAAUUUUUGGUGCAGUCAAUGUGAAAACUAUGUUACAAGAGUAAUCGUAAAUUUAGUAGAUCGUGUUACUUUUUCAACGGAAAGCUUAGAAAACCAUAUCUCAUCAAGAUGAUUAUCAAAGGUGUGAAUCACUCAAUCGUUAAAGAAAACUCAGAAAAAUCAAAUUUUUCAGAAAAUUAUUAUUUAUCAGAACUUCCAAUGGUAGAUGCAUUUAUGGAUGAUACUGCCAAGCAAAGGAAACAUUUAACCAGGAAUACAUCUGCAAAUACGUAUUUAAGAUAUAUAUUGCCAUGCGAUGUUAUCAGAGUGGUAUUAUCGAUUAUUUUAUUUUGUGCUUUGGUGUUAUUUAUCAGACAGUCUAGAUAUGUUCUUAUUGAAAAGUACCGAAUAAAUAUAAAUUCUAUGCAUGACAAUGAAAGUACAUUAGAAACAGGUUAUUUAUUAAUUGAUGUUUCGAACACUGUGGUUGGCAACCAGGGAUAUCAAUACGAUGUAAUGUUUAUGAAGAGAAUAUAUAAAGCAUCUAAGAUUAUACAGGAAUGUAAAAAUAUACCAGAAGAAUUACGAUUUGAUUGCCAUCCUGAGGAUGGAGUAACAGAAUUAUCUUGUAUUCGUAGAGGUUGUUGCUGGAAACCACCGUACACUAAAAUUUUAACCCUUACACGUGCUCCAUUGAAUGUUCCUUACUGUUAUUAUCCAAAGAAUUGGAGUUUGUACAAGUACAGAAAUUACAGCCAGAUUGGGAAUGAGUUCUCUGGAUUUCUUCAGCUAAUUGGAAAUUCUUUUUAUAAAAAAGACCUACCCCUUCUUAAGGUGGAAGCCAGUGACAUAGAUGAUUCGAUUUUGCGUUUAAAAAUAUACGAUGCAAAUAAAAAGAGAUACGAACCGCCGUGGCCUAUCAGACCUGAUUCCAAACCAUUUGAGGGGCGAAAUGUUAAUGCAAAAUAUACAUUGAAUAUCGAUACUACGAAACCCGGUUUUAAAGUAUACAGAGCCUCAAACAACUCAGACAAUACAGUGUUGUUCGACUCGACUGGUAUCGGAGGUUUCAUAUUUGCAGACCAGUUUUUACAAAUAAGUUCCCUCUUAGCAUCUCAUAACAUUUAUGGUAUUGGUGAACAUCAGUCGAAUUUAAAAUUGAACACGUCCUGGCAGAGUUUUACGUUAUUUAACAAGGAUCAACCACCAGUAGAAAAAGCAAAUUUAUACGGAUCUCAUCCUUUUUAUUUGGUCGUUGAAAAUUCAGGGAAAUCUCACGGAGUAUUGUUGCUGAACAGUAACGCUAUGGACGUGAUAUUACAACCAUCACCAGCAAUUACGUUUCGAACGAUCGGUGGCAUUUUCGAUAUUUACUUUUUUCUGGGACCAACACCAGCCGAUGUAAUAAAACAAUACUCGAAAAUAGUGGGCAAACCAUUUUUGCCUCCAUACUGGUCACUAGGGUUUCAUUUGUGCAGGUACGGAUACGGUAGCUUGGAAGGAACGAAAGAAGUAUGGAAGCGAACGAUAGCAGCAGGAAUUCCAUUUGAUACUCAAUGGAACGAUUUGGAUUACAUGGAUAAAAACAACGAUUUCACGUACAGUUCGGAAAAGUUCAAGGAUCUGCCCCAAUUCUUAGAAGAACUUCAUACGAGGGGAAUGCAUUACAUACCAUUGAUCGAUGCUGGCGUAUCCGCCUCGGAAAGGAACGGAACUUAUUUGCCGUACGAUGAAGGCCUGAAGGACGAUAUAUUCGUGAAGGAUGAAACGAACAACAUCUGCGUCGGGAAAGUUUGGAAUUAUGUUUCCACGGUUUGGCCUGACUUUACCAAUCCUAAAGCGCCAGAUUAUUAUCUGCGGAUGAUGAGCUUGAUGCACGAGAGUUUUGCAUACGACGGAGCAUGGAUCGACAUGAACGAACCGUCAAAUUUCUACGACGGUUGUAAGAAUGUAUGCUCGAAGAAUGAUUUGGAUUAUCCGGUGUACGUACCCAACGUGUUGGGUGGUAAACUCAGGACGAAAACUUUGUGCAUGAACGCGAAACACUAUUUAGGAACACACUACGAUCUUCAUAAUACGUACGGUACCAGCCACGCGAUAGCUACGAAUUAUGCCCUGGUCAAUAUUCGUAAGAAAAGACCGUUUAUAAUCUCGCGAUCAACGUGGGUGGGACACGGAUAUUACGCCGGUCAUUGGACAGGAGAUCUUUAUUCCUCAUGGUAUGAUAUGAAAAUGACCAUCCCCGCAAUUUUGUCGUUGAAUUUCUAUCAAAUACCAAUGGUCGGCGCAGACAUUUGUGGAUUCAAUGGGAAUGCUACGGUCGCGCUGUGUAAUCGUUGGAUGCAACUCGGCGCUUUUUAUCCUUUCUCUCGCAAUCACAAUUCCGACGACACUGUAGAGCAAGAUCCAGCUGCUUUGGGCGAGUUGGUGAUACGAUCAUCGAAACGCGCUCUCAAGAUACGAUAUUGGCUUUUACCCUAUUUGUAUACUUUGUUUUUCCGAGCGCACAAAUUUGGAGAAACUGUAGUACGUCCGUUAUUUUUCGAAUUCCCGGAGGAUCCGAUCACUCGUGAUAUCGAUACACAGUUUCUAUGGGGAGGUUCUUUGAUGAUUGUUCCCGUCUUGAAAGAAAACGAGGUAAACGUGACAGCUUACCUGCCACGAGGAGUGUGGUAUGAUUUUUAUACGAAAAAAAGUCUGCUGGGUGGUCCCGGUAAAUGGUGCACGUUGGAUGCACCGCUCGACACUAUACCGUUAAUGAUUCGUGGAGGAUCCGUUUUGCCUGGGCAAAAGCCAGCUCUCACUACCACCGACAGCAGGAAGAACGGUUUCGACCUGUUGAUCGUAUUGGAUCAAAAGGAAACAGCCCAAGGAGAAUUAUAUUGGGACGACGGCGAUAGCUUAGACUCUCUUGAAAAAGGACAGUUUCUGUGGUUGUCAGUCCUCGUGGAAAAUAACACUGUUUCUUCUGCUUCGAUGUCGAACGAAACUACCUUUGACGAGCCGGUAAUCCUCGAUCGGAUACAAAUAUGGGGUGUCGCGCCGCAUGUUUCGCGAGUCUCGUUAAAUGGUCGCGAGAUCGAGUACCGAUACAACGCUACCGAAAAUAGUUUGCUCGCCAACAAGUUACAGACUGAUCUGAGGAACGAAUUCACGCUUCGAUGGGAGUACGAGCGAUUAAGCGAAACACCGAUUAACGAUAAGCAGCGUUAAGCCCGCUCUUAUUGGGAACGAUAAUUGUCGUUUUGCAUUUUUUGGGAGUAAUGGUUAUUCGUGUGAUACGUAGGAUAUCGCCCUGACGACUUUUUUACGAUGAUUGUAUAUGCAAAUACGUAUUUAGCUACAAGUAUGUGUAUAUCUUUUUCUCAAAUACUGUUUUCUGACGCUAUGAUAUUCGUAAAUCUGUUUGUAUUAUCUUUGUAUACAAGUUCAUAUAUAAAUACAUAUAUAAGUAAUAAUAAUAACAACUGUAAAGAAAAAACAUUUUAUUCGAAUCACCGUUCUAUCGUACAGUACGGUACAGUGUACGGUACAUAAUGCAGAAUAGUAAUAUUUAUGGCACUAAUGGAAAACAAUAAAUAGAACUUUAAAUCUUUUGAUAAUGCGUUCAACGAAAAUAUAUGAGAAAAACGCGCAACAGUUAUACGCGAUUCCUACGCGAGAAACGGUAAAGGAUAACAAAGCGCGAUCUUUCGCGCACACGACGCCGACAACUUUUGGUUAAUCGACAACGUUAUUUUUCUUCUUUGGCACCGUAACUUAAAAAUAACACCAGAGCGAAACCUUAUCUUCGAAACAUCGAAAUCCGCUUCGUUUAGUUCCGUUACUCUUUCUUUUCCUCCUCCGUCUCUCCUUCUUUGUUUCCUCUUUCGAACGCGACCGAAUACAUUCGACUCUCCUUUGACCUCGAUUUAUAUUCUACAUUCAAUGUACCGCGACCUCUGUUUGCAUUUCUACGACAAACGGAAAAGUAGAUUUCGAUCUUUCGAAUAUAUUUCGAAGCGAUAUGCGGUUCGCGGCAACAAUCGUCCACUUUCCACGACAAUGUUUUAUUCUCGUCGAGUGUUUUGCCGAAUUUUCGUCGAAUUCAUUGAAUUGUGGAUGAAAUUUCAUACUCUUUGGAACUAAAUAUCCAACGGUUUCGCGAAUACAAGCAAAUCGAAUAUUCUUACGCGUGGACUGUUGGUUCGACGAUGUUUAAGAUAUUGCGCAACACUGAAUAGCACCUUGUCGAAUUCUCGAUAAUAUUAAAACACGAUCGACGAAUUGAAAAUGUUACGGGUUAUAAUACCAAUACAAUAGAAAACAAAUGCCUUUUUUUCACUCUGAAACGCAUCGCACAAUUACCU